AUUAUAUAUUAAACAAAGAGAGUUGUUUUGAAAUUGCUUAAAGCAUCCAAGAUGUCAUCUAUAAGGAAUGCAAUCCCUAAAAGGACGUAUAAGGAGCGAUCUCAACCGGCUUCAAGGAAAAAGUUUGGGUUCCUUGAAAAGCACAAGGAUUAUGUUAUUCGUGCUAGGGAAUACCACAAAAAGGAGGAGACAUUACGGAUACUCAAAGAGAAGGCUGCUAAUAGGAACCCUGAUGAAUUCUAUUUUGGCAUGAUCAGAACCAAAACAAUUAAUGGAGUACAUAGACCUGAGAGCGAGGCAAACAAAUAUACACCAGAAGAACUUUCAUUGAUGAAGACACAAGACAUUGGAUAUGUGCUUCAGAAACUACAAAUUGAAAAGAAGAAAGUUGAAAAGCUUAAAGCUACGCUACACAAUUUAGAUAAUCAGCCAUCAAACAGACACAUUUACUUUGCAGAAGACAGGUUUGUGAUUGAAUCAUUUGGUUUUGGGGGAGUAGCUGAGCAGGAACUAUUUUUUUCUUCAUGUAGAUUGUCAGAACUGUUUCCUUUUCAAUUCUACUUCUGGUUCAAUACUUGUGAAUGAAUGUCUUCUAUGCCUUUUCUGCUUCCCUGCACUAUUUGUCUAAAGCAAGUGCUAAUUUUAGAACCUGAUUGAUCUAUCUGUAAACCUUUACCUAACAAGGAAGAGGCGAAUGAAUUACUAUCAAAGUCCCCACAGAACAAAGAGCCUAACACAUUAGGAUCUAUACCUGUCGCUAUCAAGAGGUAAAGUUUCAUUAUUUUUUUGUUCACAAAUUCUUAUAUGAGAUGGUCUCACCGUGAAACAUGCCUUAUACAUGGGUUACUAUUUAUCAAUCGAUAUUGACAUAUUGUUUUUCAAUUUGUACUUCAUAUAUAUGAAAAAACAUUGUCAAAUGGCAUUUGUUUGAUUCGUCUCAAUGCAUUAUAUGAAUUUUUAUAAUUUUUAAUUAUGCGCUACUAAAGAUAUUAAAGGUCAAAAUAGUACAUUGGAUUGUUAAUUCCAAUUAGAGGAAGUAUAUGCAUACUUUUGUUUUAUAUGAUAAUAAAAAAUUAGCUUUAAUGUAUAUCUAAUGCUCAAUGCCCUAUGUAUCAACUAAAUUAAGAUAAGGGGAAUAUCUUGAAUGAUUGAAUGACUUAUAGUGAUUUAGCCUCUAUCCAAAGACAUGUAGCUUAGAU